AGACAUACUAAAUAUAGAUGACUCAUAGAUGUGGAUUGUGUUUCACGCUGGUAAACAAGCAGCUAAAGCUAGAAAGGAGCAGAAAGAAUACAUAUCGCAGAAGCUCUUUUUACUCAGGAAUAGUAAGCAUGAGGGUGGACAGGAUUGGAAUUGACACUCCCGUGUAUGACCUCUCAGUGAUACGCAAAUUUUGGGAGGUCAGGGUGAAAAAAUACAAGCAGCGUCAGAAGAAAGAACAGGAAAGGAUCAACAAAAGUGCCCUGGCGAAGAUAAAUCAGGAAUGGCAGUAUCGCUUAAUAUGCAGAAAAAUGAAGAGCAAAGAAGUCACUGCUCUCCAGUGCUAUCUGGAAAGAUCAGCCUUCGCAGAAAUGGGCAUUUUACCCACAGUUCACACAAGCAUUGACAGUGAGGACAAGAAAUUCAUUUUUGAGCUGAGUGGAGAUAAAUGGAGGAAACUACCAGAAGAUCUUCAGUAUAUGACUUUUCUGCGAGAAUGGCACAUUCAUAAAACACAAAUUCAAAAGUUGCCUGAAUACAUUGAACAGUUUGUGGACUUGUGUGUCUUAAACAUACCUAAAAACAGACUCACAGAGCUUCCAGCUGAGAUAGGAAAACUGGCAAACCUAAGAGAACUGAAUGUGAAUUACAAUAAAUUAUCAAGCAUUCCACCUGAGCUUGGAGAGUGUGAAAAUCUGGAAAAGCUGGAAAUUAUGGCAAAUUUAGACCUCAGUGAAUUGCCCUUUGAGCUGAGCAACUUAAAAAAACUUAAACAUCUAGACCUGGCAGAAAAUAAAUUUGCCACUGUGCCAGUCUGUGUACUUCGAAUGUCAAGCCUUCAGUGGUUGGACAUCAGUAAGAACAGUCUUCGUGAUUUGCCAGAGGAUAUUGAUAGGCUGGAACAGUUACAGACAUGGUUCCUGCAUAAAAACAAAUUGACAUAUCUACCAAUGUCAACAGCAGAUAUUGUCACCCUCAGAAUGCUUGUUGUCAGUGGAGAUGAUCUGACCUGUUUUCCUGCCAGCCUCACAGAAAAUCCAAAUCUAAAAUUCAUAAAAUUAAUUGAUAAUCCAAUAAGCUUGGAUGGCAGUAAGGAUAAGAAAGAUAACACACUCGAGGAGACUGAGCAUGACAAGGAGUUUAUGCAGACCUAUAUUGAGACUCUCAAGGACAGAGAAACAGCACCAACGUACACCACCAAAGUGUCCCUGACUUGCCUUCUUUAGUCAACCUGAAGAUUCCAGAGCCAACUGGGAAAUCAGCAAUAGGAACAAAACCAUAAUCAAUGAAGACGUUAAAAUACUUCUGUAGGUUUUGGUGUUAUAUGCAAGACCUGUAAUUAAAAAAAAAAAUUCCUCCUAUUUCCCAGAAGCAUGUCAACAACAA